AAAAUCUAAAUCCGUCCGAGCCGAGAAGAAGAGGCACCCGCCGGCCUCCGGGACUCGCUGCCCGAGACCACAAACGCGAUAGUCAAUAAUUGCCUUUUCGGUGUACCGGAUCGGUGAGACCGCGUGCCACAACCGACUUCACUUGUCGGACUACGUGGACCCGUCCCUCUGGAGCCGGCUUCACAGGAGAGGGUAGCAAUUUAGGGUGAAAAGAAAAUGAUACGAGUCGACGAGUCUGAUCCGGUGGGCGAAAUCGAACCGAGCUUUCCCUAUCGGGAUGUGACGGUACGUCGAGGCGUGGAAUUUAAGGAUUAUUAUGAUAUCCAAUCGGAAAUAGGAAGAGGAAAAUUUGGCACCGUUUAUCGAUGCAAAGAGAAAGCGAGCGGUUUGAUGCUAGCCGCGAAAGUGGUGAACACCUCUAAAAAGGAGGAUAGACGAUCUGUCGAACGAGAGGUGGAAAUUAUGAGACGGUUACAACAUCCCCGGCUGAUUCAACUCUAUGAUGCCAUCGACACAGGGAAACAGAUACACGUCAUUUUGGAACUGAUCGAAGGUGGUGAACUGUUCGAGAGGGUGAUAGACGACGACUUUGUACUGACCGAGCGCAGUUGCACCGUUUUUAUGAGACAAAUCUGCGAGGGUAUCGAAUUUAUUCAUCGUCAGAAUAUUUUGCAUCUCGAUCUAAAGCCGGAGAACAUACUGUGCCUGACGAAGGAGGGUAACAGGAUUAAAAUCAUAGACUUCGGUCUCGCGAGGGAGUACGAUCCAAAGAAGAAGCUGCAGGUUCUAUUUGGCACGCCGGAGUUCGUUGCACCGGAAGUCGUAAAUUUCGAUCAGAUUGGAUUCGGUACCGACAUGUGGAGUAUAGGGGUCAUCUGUUACGUACUAUUAUCCGGGUUGUCUCCGUUCAUGGGCGACACGGACAUCGAGACAAUGGCGAACGUCACGAUCGCGAAGUACGACUUCGAUCACGACGCUUUUGCCGACAUUUCCGAUGACGCCAAAGAUUUCAUUCGCUGUCUGCUAGUCAAAGACAAAGAAAAACGAACGUCAGCCGCUCAGUGCAGGGAGCAUCGUUGGUUGGCGAAAAAACCGAGCAAGCAGCAGGUCGAGCAAAUGGUAUCGAAGUCAAAAUCAAACGUUCCUCAGCAAAUCCACGAGAUACCUCGACUGGAGAUGAGCAACGCGGAAGAGCUGGACGUGGCCAAGGACAAUUUGAGGCUGUUCGUUGAACGCUGGCGAGAACAUCCGAACAGUCCCUACAUGCUCGAUAUCCCUCCGUAUAACUUUCUGCAGAAUUCGACUAAGGAUCACGACGAUCGGGUAUCACUAAAGGGACACAGCCCUUCGCCUUGUGCCAGUAUUUGUAGCACUCCCUCGGAAACAACCGACAACUCUCCCCGAGGGAGUUACGGUUCAUUUUUGACCGUGCCUGGUUUUGGUUUCGAGAGGAGAGCCUCCGAAGGCAUCGCCACGGAGAAGUCUCGAGGGGAUCCAGCCAGUCAGAUCAUCCUCGCCGAAGAAAUAAUCAAACUGUCCGAACACCUGCGUUCCAUAGCCAUGGGGACGUGCAUCAAGUCUAACGAUGAAGAUGUCCGAUCUCUGGAUAGUCAGGAGAAAAAGACAGAGAAACCGGAGGAGAAGAGCGCCAGGAACGGUGUCCACUCGAAGAGCAACGGUUUGAUGUCCGCCGAGAACAGCGAUUGCAACGAGAUCACAGAGAAGCUGACCAGCAUAAUGCGACACAGGAAGCUCAAUGGUACGACCUUCCACAGUAGUAGCCGUAAUUUUGAAAAGUAUACAGAAACGAACAGUGGUAACAUAUUCGCCUCGUUAAAAAAACAGAAACAGAACGCUGACGAGAGGAGCUGUUCGAGAAAGGAACAGGAUAGAACGUCUGAGGAAACAGCCACCAGCUCCGUCAGGUCGCAAUCUGUCCAGGAGAAAGUGGAAGGUACGACGAGGGAGAAGAACGUUCGAUUGUCUGCCGAUGGUGAGAUGGAUUUGACGCCACCGUGGAGACGUUCGAGGGUGAAACAUUUAUUCGGCGAGACCAGUCGGGAUGUUCCACGAAUCUCUGAGCUUCGUAACCUGCACAAGAGUCUGAAUCUCGACGAAUCGACCAACACCAAGGAUCUGUUGCUUCAUUUGCUCGAGGAAUGGGACGGUGUCGCGACGAGGUCAUCCGGCGUGGGCCGGAAGUCCGUUAGUGUCGAUUGGUGCGGCGAAGAAUCGGUCGGCAGAAAGACGAUGAACUCUCUGGCUGAAUAUUUUCAAGCGAAACAACAGAAAUCGACAGCUUCCAGUGUUAAUUCGACUGCACAGAAUUCCGUGCAUCGUUGAAUGGAUUCGCUCGAUGGUUCGAGGACUAUGUUGGAUUUGUUGAGACAACGAACAUAGUUGUUCAGCAUUGUGAAGUUCUCAGGGCAAUACGAGACGAAGAUGAUGGAUUCUUUGAUAUGCAUCGUUUGCUUGCUUGGAGCUUGUGAACAGCAAUGCUAUUUCCGGUUUGAAUGCUAAUUCAAGAAAGUUCAAUUUAAGAUUCAUUUUUCUUAGUCUCACAAAGAGACUAUUCUUUUAAUAAAAUUUUCUUAAUAAAUCACAAAAGACAAUCUUUUUAAUGAAACGGAGUACAAACAGUUAAUUAGAAAGCAAGAAAAGAGGAAGCAUAUCAAAUAAUUGACGUUGUUAAAGUUCGACUGCGAAGAUUGUUUCUAUUUAUUAUGUACGAUAAAUGUGCAUGCGUACACAAUAUAUUAUUUAUACGAGUUUAAGUUAUGCAAUAAUUAUAAGCGAGUGCAAUAACGUCCAAUUUCACAUUUUAUCAGGGUGUAACGAGAACGAUCAUCGUGUUCACACAUCUGUGCAUAUAUUCUUGUUUCAAUGUCUUAUUUAUACUAUAUGUUUAAUAUAAAAAGUCAGAAAAUCCA